CGAACCUCGAACAUUGUAUGGCUCCUCACAUGGCUCAGUGCAUUCACUUCACCCACGAGACGCAACACGUUCACCUACCCCUACACGAGGAAGACGUUCCAUGUCACGCCACAGGACUCUUGAGCUACCCCGGCUGAUACACAGAGGGCUCGCAUAAUCGGCACAGUCGACGACGCUCCUCCUCUGAAGCAUGACCUCCGCCAACUCCUUCAACCACUCCUUACGGCUCACGCCUUCGAACUCGCCCUUCUUCAGAUCUCCCACUGCACGCUCGCCGAUCAAAUCUCCGCGACACGACGAACCCGGUCUGCGAUUGCAAAAGGUCAUUGGCACCACCACUGCUUCCUCACAUGCCUUUGCCAGUCUACCUUCGGCCGGCAAGUUUGCAUUCACCGCAGGCUCGGCGGCCGUGUUGGCGACGGUGAAUGACGACCUAGAUGUCGUUCAGCACUUCUUUCGCGCGAACCCGAGCUCUGGUCCAAGAGAUGGAAGCAAUGGCUGGCCCACGACACCUACUCAGGCCGACCCCCGAAGUCGAUUGAAAGAGCAGACACAAGCGACAUCACCGAGUAACUCCAUCGGUCGAGAGUGGUCAGAGUCAAACCGAUCUUUGACAGCGAAGGACCGAGUCAAAGCGGCUACAUCUGUUGAUAUCAGUCCGAAUGGGAAAUGGCUGGCCGUGGGAGAGACGGGAUACAAACCGAGAGUGUUGUUGUUCUCGGCGAAGGACGGAUCUUCAGAGACACCGAUCACUACACUGGCCGAACACACUUUUGGCGUUCACGCAUUGAGCUUCAGUCCGGACUCGAGGUUUCUAGCAUCCCUCGGAACGGUCAAUGAUGGAUAUCUAUAUGUGUGGUCCGUGGACGAUCGGACUGGAGGAAUGACCCUCUUCGCCAGCAACAAAUGUACCACGACGAUUCAUGCAAUGUCGUGGAUGGGCAGAAGUGUUCUGACUGUGGGGUUAAGAUACGCCAAAGUCUGGCGGCCAGAGGAGGACACAGCACUCGAAGGUCGUGAAAACAUUCGCAGCAGCAUUCUGGUCACUCCGAGACCCAAGAUGGACAGUCGACCCUCGGAUUAUGGGAACAGCAUAUCGAGUCCGCGGCAUCGUGUGCUGGUGGGGAAGAACAUCUUGCUAGGGGAUCUGCUGGAUGUGACUUUCGUUUCGAUCGUCGUUCUUUCGAAUUCGACGGCCAUCCUGAGUGCCGAAAGUGGUGAAAUUUGUCUGUUGGAUGACACCGAUCGGACGCAGAGCAUUAAACUGGCAGCCAAUGCUGGAAUGAGCAUUACCUCCGCCAGGCUGGAUGAUGCAGGCGUGUACCAUGCCUUCGGCGCCGACGACAAUGCGCUAUCAGCAGUCGGUGCGCACACCGUGGCUGUUGCCGCAGUCGGCACAGCACUCGUUGAGAUCAGUUCCGAUCGGAUCAUCAGUCUGGCGAAGACGGACGACCAGCAGCGACAGCGACGCCGACUACCAGCGCAUGAGGACGCUGUGCUUGGUGUGAGAAAUUUCACCUCAACGGUCCUCCCCGAAGCGGCGUUCUACACCUUCUCUGGCAAUGGCACAGUACACUUCUGGACCGCUCACGGUGUUUCUGUUGCCGAGGCCAUGAAUGUACCGGUGGAGACAUCACCCGAGAUGUGGGGCAUGGCCAACGGGUUGACUGCAAUGACAGCUCUCCUCGACGGCACGUUCAUGGCAUCUGGCGACAAGUAUGGGACUGUGGCACUUCUUGGGGUGGCUACAAGACGGAUCGUCCACCAAGUCCGCGCUCACGCCGCCGAGAUCCUAGACUUGAUCACAUUCGAGCGUGAAGGAGCCCACUUUCUGGCUUCGGCGAGUCGAGACCGGACAGUGCAGCUCUUCCUUGUCAAAGAUCGCACCCUCGAGCUACUGCAAACCAUGGAUGAACAUGCAGGCGCGGUCACCUCAUUGUUACUCGCUCAGCAUGGCACUCAGUUGCUGUCAUGUUCGGCUGACCGGACUGUGGUUGUCAGAGAUUCGGUCUUUCGCGAUCCGCAAGAUUCGGCUACACUAGCGUUCGCCAUGCUACGGGCCAUCACAUUGAAGUCUGCCCCAGUCAGUAUGUGCUUGGCAUCCGAACCCAAUUCGAUUCUGGUAUCAACGCUGGACAGAUGUAUCGCCAAGUACAGCACUAGCAGUGGACAGGCUGGCUUCAGCUUCAAGUGCUCUGACAACGAAGGUGGUGAGGCUGUGGUAAUAUCCAAGGUCAUCUACGCACCUUCACUAAACGGUAACCCUACAAUCGCUGGAGUUUCGAGCGGAGACAAAAGUUUCCGAUUGUACACAGAGUACGGCAAUUUGAUUGCUCGGGACUGGGGUCAUACAGAAGGCAUUACGGAUAUGGCUAUCGUUCAAUGUCGCGAUGGAGCAUCAAGCUUCGUGACGGUAGCAGCAGACACGACAAUAUUCCUUUGGAGCAGCAUGGUCGCGACUAAACUCACCGGACCACAGCCGAACAGUGCUACGGAAGGACAGAAUUCUCCCGUCAGCACACCGCUCGGACCUCCUCUGAGGAAAGUCAUCUCCCAUUCAAACAUUGCUCGCUUGAGACGAGAGAGAUCCGUAGACGGCGGGAAUUUCGAGUCUCCGUUGGCAAACGCUACACCAUCACGACCAUCGUCCCCGCCCAAGAUGCGUAAGAAGACUUCACGAGCAUCUCUGGCCCAGACUCCACGACUAGAACCUGUCUCUCGACCAAGCUACGAUUCUCUGACCGGCUCCACGGAAUCCGUCUGCCGCACUCUCCGGGCAUACCGGAAGAAACUCACCACCACCGCAGCCAGCGAAAGCAUUCCUCCCGACUCCCUUCGUGAACUCGAAAAGGAACUCAAACUCACCGCCAAAGUCGUCGGCGAACGCUCACACCGUAGUAACAUCGACGAGGCGACACUCGCCAAGCUCCUCGAUCAGGCGUCGUUGAAGUUUGCGGGCUUGGUCGACGAGCAGAUCAAGGCAAGGGUGGAGAGAGAGCUGGGGAAUCGAACUCAUGAAGAUGCUCCGCCAUCACCGCCGCCUCCGGUUCCGCCGCUGCCGACGACAUUUAACAAGACGCUGGGAUCAAUGGCGGAGGUAGAGGAGACGAAGACGCCGGAGAAGAUAGAGAGAUUGCAUACCGCCCCUGGCGCGCGGGACACGACGAGGUCUGCUUCUUCACGCGGGAGGUAG